CUCCACUUAUUCUCAGGGGAGAGAGAGAUAACCACUUGUUCAGUUCUUCCCACAAGCAGAGUAGAGAAGAGAGGCAGAGAGAAAGAUAAAAAGAUGAGUUUUUUCUUCCUCUUUUUCCUCCUUCCUCUCACUAUUCUCUUCCUCCUUUCCUUCCUCCGCCGCCGGCCGCCUCUGCCCUUGCCCCCAGGCCCAAAACCCCUCCCCAUCAUCGGCAACAUGCGCAUGAUGGGCCAACUCACCCACCGCGGUCUGGCUCGACUUGCCGACCGUUACGGCGGCCUCUUCCAUCUCCGCCUCGGCUUCCUCCACGCCGUCGCUGUCUCCACUCCCGAAAUAGCCAAACAAGUCCUCCAAGUCCAGGACAACAUCUUCUCCAACCGGCCCGCCACCAUCGCCAUCUCUUACCUCACCUACGACCGCGCCGAUAUGGCCUUCGCCCAUUACGGCCCAUUCUGGCGGCAGAUGCGCAAGCUCUGCGUCACCAAGCUCUUCAGUCGUAAGCGAGCCGAGUCAUGGACCUCGGUCCGCGAAGAAGUCGACUCCACCAUUAAAACUCUAGCUAACAAAACCGGCUCUCCGGUGAACGUCGGAGAGCUCGUCUUCAAUCUAACCAUGAACAUCACCCUUCGAGCUGCUUUCGGAACUCAGUCGAGCGACAACGAGGAGAAGUUUAUUUCCAUACUACAAGAAUUUUCAAAGUUGUUUGGGGCAUUUAAUAUAGGUGAUUUUAUACCUUGGCUGAAGUGGUUUGAUCUAAAUGGGAUUAAUGAGAGAUUAAGGAAGGCAAGAUUAGAGCUUGAUGAGUUCAUCGAUAAGAUUAUUGAAGAACAUAGAAGAAAUCCAAAGGAAGCUGAUGCAGAGGAUACUGAUAUGGUGGAUGAUAUGCUGGCUUUUUUUGUUGAUCAGACAGAGGAAACUGGAGGAAAUGCCCAUACGAAAGAUUUCCAAGGAAAUCUCAAGCUUACAAAGGAUAAUAUCAAGGCUAUUAUAAUGGAUGUGAUGUUCGGCGGGACGGAAACAGUGGCUUCAGCAAUCGAAUGGGCAAUGGCGGAAAUCCUUCGAAGCCCCGACGAACUGAAACGGAUCCAGACGGAGCUCAAUCAAGUCGUCGGCCUCACACGCAAAGUCCACGAAUCGGACCUCGAAAAGCUCCCUUACCUCAAAUGCGCCAUCAAAGAAACCCUCCGCCUCCACCCUCCCAUCCCGCUCCUCCUCCACGAAACCGCCGAAGACUCCGCCGUGGCGGGCUAUUUCAUCCCCGCGCGCACCCGCGUGAUGAUCAACGUAUGGGCGAUCGGCCGGAACAAAGCCGCUUGGAAAGACCCCAACGCCUUCCGACCGGCGCGCUUCGCGCCGGGCGGAUUAGACUCCGCCGUCGAUUUCCGCGGCAACUUCUUCGAACUUCUACCCUUUGGUUCGGGCCGCAGAUCCUGCCCGGGGAUGCAACUGGGGCUGUAUGCGCUGGAGCUGGCCGUGGCGAAUCUGCUACAUUGCUUUGCGUGGGAAUUGCCGGACGGGAUGAAGCCGUCGGAGUUGUCGAUGGACGAUGUGUUUGGGCUAACGGCGCCGCGAGCGGAGCGGCUGGUGGCGGUGCCCAAGCCCAGACUCCUGUGCGCGCUGGAUGCGUAGAAGGUACGGUGGCCUAAUUAAUAAGGAAAUUGUGGAGUACUGUCAUGUAAUUUCGUAUGUAUUACUGUCGCGAGAGGGAAAUUGUGAUUGUUGUUGGAGAAUUUUACGUCGAUUGAUUUUAUGUUUAUAUGUAUGAACAGAUUGCUGAAAGGGAAUAAUUACUUGUUUAUAAUGCGGGGAGUUAUUGCUGAAGGAAAAUUUGUUGAAGCUUUCGUUCAACGACCUAAGGGGGUUUGAUAUUUC